GAGCUAUUGCAGCAAGAUGGAUUUGGGAAGGAACCAAUCUCACCUGACACCCCAUCAGAAAACUGAUUCUCAUCAAGAGAAGAACCGCGUGCCAGAAGUCAUUGGAACUUGGAGUCUGCGAAACAGAGAACAACUCAGGAAAAGAAAAGCUGAAGCACAAGAAAAGCAGACUUCACAAUGGCAAUUUGGAGAGAAAAAAUACAAGCGGCAGAGAACAGGAAAAGGAAAUCAAAGAGGCAGAAAGAAACAGCAAAAUACAGAACUGAAGAUGGAGCCUCAGUCACAAUUAGAAAAGGAAAUGAUGGAGAAAGCACUGAUGCCUACAGAGAAAGAAAAUGAAUUACCUAAGAGUGUAACUGAAGCUCUCCCUUUGGCAGCCUCCCCCCAAAGAGUUGUACCUGAGAAAAAAUUUUCUGCAAUAGGUGAAGAAAGCAUUAUACAUCAGGGAAAUUCUUCUGAGUGCCAAGAAACAACAGUACAAAACCACCCUUCUGAAAUAGGCCAAGGUAUGGCUGAACCCGAAGACCUCUCUCCUAAAAUGUGCCAAGAAACAUCUAUAGUCAAAGCCCUUCCUUCUAAAACAUAUGAAGACAUAACUGGCAUGAAAGGAUGCUCUCUUGAAGCAUAUCCCAAACCAGAUGUGCCUAAAGACUAUGCUUUUGAAACACACCAAAAAAGAGCUGAACCCAAGGAAGACAGUACUGAACCAGGUCAAGGAAUAGUUGGGACUGAAAGCUUUCUUCCUAAAAUACAACAAGAAGUAGCUGUGCCUAACGACCUUUCUACAAAAACAUACCAAGACACAGUUGAACCUGAACACUUUUCUCAUAAAGCAUAUGAAGAAAUUGAUGUGCCUAAAACCCUCUCUCAUAAAACAUUCCAAGAAACACCUGCUCAUGAAGAACGUCCAUCUGAGAUAUACAUUUAUCGAGAAACACCUGGGCCUGAAGACUGUGCACCUGAAAUAUAUGAAGACACACCUGGGCCUGAAGACUGUGCACCUGAAAGAUACCAAGAGACACCNUAUACGGACACACCUGGGCCUGAAGACUGUGCACCUGAAAGAUACCAAGAGACACCUGGGCCUGAAGAUCUCUCUACUAAGACAUAUAAAAAUAAGAAUGUGCCCAAAGAAUGCUUUCCAGAACCAAACCAAGAAGCAGAUGGGCCCCAAGGCCAGGAUCCUAAAGCACACCAGGAAGAUGCUAAGGAUGUUUAUACUUUUCCUCGAGAAAUGAAAGAAAAACCGAAAGUCGAAGGACCAGAGAUACCAGCAAUUCCAAAUGUUCCUCAAGAGAUUCACCCAGAAAAUGAUGUCUAUAGUUACAUUUGUUUUAACAAUGCUCAAUCAUAACAGUUGUGCAACAAAUACACAUCUUAUUACAUGCAAUUUUUCUCAAAAUAUUGUAGAAAUAUCUACAAUAUUCAUUAAUAUUUUAAUAGCGUGUUUUUUUUCCAUGUGUAGACCACAUCUGAAAGAGAGAACUAAUGUGUUUUUUCAGGCUCUACCACAUAAGACAAUAACCUGCAGUGUGUGUGUGCGCAUGUGUGUAUGUAUAUGUUAUCUGUAUAUUGGGGUGAGAAUAGUGGUGGGAAGAGAUAAAAAUGGGAAAGGGGAGGGCUGAAUAAUUAAUUUUCCCCUAAUUAAUUUUUUUAUUAAUUCUUAAGAGCAGAAAAAUUAAUGUUUGAACACUUGAAGUUUGGGUGAGUACAUAGUUUUCUUGUAAACUUUGUUGAACUAAUAAUGUAAUAACUUCAAAAUUUUAUUCAGGCUUUUAGUUGGCUUUUUAAGUUAAUUUUAACAAUUCUUAUCAUUCUGGGGCUCCAAAGAUAUUUUGGAGUGCUGAAUAUAGUCUACUUGUGUAUUUGAGUUUUGAUGUUCUAUUUUUACUUUUUAUAUAUUGUAUUUGUACAAAAUGUACAUUAAAUCAUUAUUGCAUACUAA